UUCAUCAGAUUACAGUUUGAUUAACGGCGAGUUUCGUACUGCCGAUGUCGUUGUCAACUAGAUCUUCCGUGGCCAUGAACGACGAAGAGCCACCGAUUGAGAAGGAGAAGUUGACCGCUCAGGCGUACCCGAUUUCGUCACUUCCUGACGAUUUGCUAUUGAGUAUCUUCGCACGCGUCUCGAGAGUGUAUUACCCGAUUCUCUCUCUCGUCUCCAAGAGCUUUAGAUCUCUCAUUGCUUCACCUGAGCUUUACGAGACUCGGUCACUCUUAGGCCGCACCGAGAGUUGUCUCUAUGUGUGCUUAAAGCUCCCUCCUGACUUUAACACAACUUGGUUCACCCUCUGCCGGAGACCGGAUCAGACCCAUAAGAAGCAGAAGAAGUCAAUGGGAAGAAAUCUUUUGGUUCCAAUCCCAUCUCUAGAAUCUCCUCCUGUGCACUCGUCCAAUCUCGUGGCGGUUGGCUCCAAAAUCUACAACAUUGGCGGGGAUGCAAAAUCUUCGUCUACCGUCUCGAUCCUGGACUGCAAGUCUCAUACUUGGUGUGAGGCUCCAAGCAUGCUGGUGGAGCGGUCUUAUCCAGUUUCCAAUGUUAUUGAUGGAAAGAUAUACGUAGCAGGAGGAUGUGAAGAAGAGUGCAAGUCCUCCAACUGGAUCGAGGUUUUUGACUCAAAAAAGCAAACUUGGGAGCUUGUGUCGUGCCCUCUUGUAGAUGGAUGGGUAACUCAUACACGCAAGAGCGCAGUAAUUGAUGGAAAUAUAUUUAUGUUUGCGCGUUUAUGUGCGGGUCUCGCUUACAUGCCAAAAGAAGAUAGAUGGGAAGCCUUAAGUGUGCUUACUUCUUUUGAGUUAGAAUGGGAAUCACUUUGUUAUUGCGUUGUAGAUAACGUUCUUUAUUGUUACGAUAAAGGAAUCAUAUGGUACAACCCUAAGGUAGGAAGCUGGUUUAAAUUGAAGAGUUUGAUAGGACUACCCAAAUUUGAUGAUCAUGUUGGUGUCAAAGUCAAAAUGGCUGAAUAUGGUGGAAAGAUGGUGAUCUUUUGGGACAAGUAUCUUCCUUCUUGGGGCUAUAAGAAGAAUAAGGUGAUUUGGUGUGCAGUCAAGAGAUUCGUGGGAGUCGAGAGAUUUUGGGGAAGGUUGAGUGGCUUGAUGCUGUGCUUACAGUCCCCGAGAAAUAUAAAUUCGUGUCUGCUCUUUCUGCUACUGUUUGAUUAAUCAACUCAAUUCUGAAUCUUGAAUGAAUGGCGCAGCUUAGAAGAAGAUUAGUUUUUAGAUUGCGUCGGGGAGCAUGAACAUAUCGUGUUGUGAGACUGACUACUAUAAACCAAAUUUUCUUACAAGUUUUUUUACUGCAUUGGUUGAAUACUU